AUGGGACCGGAUGUUAAGGAGUCAUCUCAACAACUUUCCCGUUCAUCCAUACAUGGUUCUAGAAUGGCCGCUGAGCCACACAAACCAACUCUCGCGGACGUGGUGACAGGGGAUGAGAACAAAUCUAUAUUGGAUACUGAGAGUUCGGUCAAGAAGCAAGCCUCGAGAAGAAGGCAAUACAAGAGCAGCAAGAAUAGGAAUAAAAAGAAGGCAAAGAAGCAAGAAGAAGAACAAAGGAAGUCUAUGGAAGAGCUGGCAGCAUCUGUUAAUGCAAGAGAGGGGAAGUUUGGUGCCACCAAUCUGAUUGAUCCCAGUCGCGAAUCGUUCCAGGGAUGCCAUUACGAGCCCUUUAUUGUCGACAGCACUCAUCUUUUUCGAUCGUCAAGACAUUGCCAAACUGGGGAGGGAAGCUUUAACGGCCAAUACACGGGGGACACUGAGAAUAUGUCUCACAUGGAUAGCUUUGAGUCGCACCAUUCAGAUCAUGCUUACCACUCCAACAGCUCCACCAGCCAUAGCUCUCAAAAUAUCUCCAUGCCAGUUGGCGGAAUUUCAAUGGGAGCCCCGGCCAGAUCGAUGCUCCAAACCAGGACCCCUGAUCCUUAUGUAAUUCAGAGCCACGGGAUUUAUUUUGGCGGCUGCUCUGAUUCCACCUCUUCCCUCCCAUCGGAGACCUGUUCGGGCUAUCAGGGACUACAACGGCAAACUCCUCCUAACCCGCCAUCCUAUCAAGCGUCUCAAUAUCGCCGUCCUCCCGCUUGGGAAGAUCCGAGCCAAUUUAUGCAUCCUCCAGGAGCAAAAUUUGAAAGCGGUGAUAGAAUGUACCAGCCGUACAUGCACUGUUUUUCGAUCCCCAACGAUGCACAUAACCCACCAACCGUACCGCGAUAUAGACCAACAGUAGGGUGCCCUCAAUAUGCACCGGUCAGUCCUUUCAAUAAGGAAAAUAACCCACAGACUAUUGAAAGCACCAUUUCUCAAUAUCAACAGUGUGAAAAGGUAUCAGAGGCAGAAGGAUAUUCAAACAGAGAAACAGAAAUUCGAAGUGUCAGUAGUUCACUGAAUUCUGUGCAAGAACGCCAGCAAGGGACCCAGCUAUGUGCUGGACCAAUUAUUUCUCGUGAAAUCUACACGCCCCAGCACGAUUUCGACGGGGAAUUGGAGCCAGUUGUGACUUAUAUUCUCGAAGCGUUUAGGUCCGGGGAGUAUGCAGAUUGUCGCCUGAUCCUGAAUUCCGCUGCGGAAAAUUUCCCACCCAUGUCCUUUCCUCUUCACUCGUUGGUUGCUUCAAGAAGUCCGCAUCUCAAGGAGUUGAUGAAAAGCAUGCAUGGUAUUACAUGCCCAAGGGAGAUACACGUAAAAGGUGCACCCUCUUUCUCUCAUCCUUUCGCACUCGGUAUGGCGCUGCAGCAUUUCUAUGGUUUUCCAUUGCUAGUUGAGGAGCAGCUAGACAAUGACCUCACGCAAGCCGUUGACAACAGCAAUGGCGAACAUCAGGACCAGUGCUGUAAAACGCGUUAUGGGGUUGAAAAAAUGAAAUUUGCUCUAUGUUACGUUGCAUCAGCUGCUUUCGUGGCAGAGAGUAAAAUUCUUCGUCGAGCAGUCCGCCUUGCUACAAACGCGAUCUCCUGGGAUACAUUGGAAGUUAUUUUUCAAUUUGGGAUUUCAUUUUCGGAUUUUAUGAUUUCGCCAGUUAGUAGCCUUCAUGUGAAUCGUGAGCCAACUGCAUCUUUACCCAACGGCAGUGAAAGGGUUGCGGAGAGCGAUUUUAUGAACGGACAUAAUCUCCAUGGAUGUCCUUACACACUUAAUUGGGAGUUGAAGGAUGUAUGGGCGCCGCGGAUUCUUGAUGAGGCGAUUGGCUUCAUCAUUGAAAAUUUUCCUCGAAAUUUUCAACUUGAUCCUGACGCGCACUCACAAGAGUUGCUUGACAGGCUCUCUUCUGGGAGAACGCCGUCCAGGCGCUAUAUCAGAGAGGUAUCCACAUUGACAUUUGGUAGUUUUGCUGAUGCAAACAGCUGCAAAUUUAGGAGAGAGGAACAGGUCAUGUCAGCGAUAUUCUUGGCCGUUCCUUUCAAAAUAUUGAGGAAACUUUUUAAUGCCAUGAAAGUCAAGGGAGUCCUUACUGUGAGCAUGGCGGAGGACAUUAUAUUUGAGCGCGAACGGCGUCGGAUUCGGGCUGUCCGGACUGUCAAAAAGAAGAAUGAGGCCGCUUCUAGCAGCAACUUUCAACUAACAAUUCAAGCAACCGAUCCAAUCGGUUGGCGAGAGGAGAUUCUGGAUAUCGUGGGUGUCCCGAACAGCAGCCCAUCAAUUCGCAAAACCUGGGUGGGGCUUGACGCGCCUGAGGUAAUUGAGAUCAAGCCAAAAAAGGAGAGAUCCCCUGGAGCUCUAGGUAGUGUAACUUUCGGUGCUUAA